AUGUCUCACGACCGACACGUCAGUCUUCAGGACAUCAACAAGAAUGGAGGCGUCAGCGGUGAUGAUAUCCUCGUUCCCACAGCUUCGCGGUUCGAGAAGCUUUACCUUGCCCCGGAGCAGCCAGUAGCGGGUGCUCUUCGACAGACAUUCGGUAACCCAACACCUGUUGCUCUUGGUGGAUUUUUGCUUGCCAACACACCAGCCUCAAUCAUGCUGAUGGGCUGGGGUGGUGCUGGCGGCGGUACUGGUAAUGCCAGUGCUGGCAUUGGCACUUACUACUUCCUCGGUGCCAUCUGCCUUUACGCUGGCGGCAUCGGCGAGUGGAUCCUUGGAAACACCUUCCCAUCAGUCGUCUUCUUCACCUUCGGUGGCUUCUGGGCGACCUUUGGAGCCACGCUCACUCCAUUCUUCAACGCCAUUGCCGCCUACGAGACCGCUGAUGGCUUCUAUGACUCUUUCGCCAUAUUCUUAAUAUUCAUGUGCCUCCUUUGCUUCAUCUACAUGAUCGCCGCACUCCGAACCAACGUCUGCUUGGUUCUCAUUCUCUUCACCUUCGUCUUGGCCUUUCCUUGCCUUGCUGCCAGCUACUUUGAUGCUGCACGCGGCGAGCUCGGCCUCAGCUCUACCUUGAGAAUUGCCGGUGGUGCAUUUGCAUUCUCGGGCUCGGUUAUUGCGUGGUACCUAUGGACCAGUAUGAUCAUGGAAAGCGUCGACUUCCCGAUUGCUCUACCUGUUGGCGACCUCAGCAAGAUGAUCAAGGGCCGCAGUGAGAAGAUCAAGGACGCUGUGUAA